AGGGAGGGAGGCAGGGCAGGGGGAGGGAGGGAGGGCCGCGGGGCGGGGAGCGGAGAGAGGCCGCCUCCCCCCCCCCCCUCCCCUCCGCGCUCCGCUCCGCGCCCGCCGACGGUGCCGCUGCCGGUGGCGGUGUCCGUGCCGCCGGGUCCCGGCACACCCCCACCCCCGGCACGGCACGGAGCGGCACGGAGCGGGCCGCCCCCGCGGCCCCAUGGCCGGGCAGGAGUGGGACUGGUUCCAGCGCGAGGAGCUGAUCGGGCACAUCAGCGACAUCCGAGUGCAGAACCUCCAAGUGGAACGGGAAAAUGUACAGAAGAGGACCUUUACCAGAUGGAUAAACCUGCAUUUGGGAAAGUGCAAGCCUCCUCUGAAAGUGAGAGAUUUGUUUAUAGAUAUACAAGAUGGCAAAAUCUUGAUGGCGCUGCUGGAAGUCCUGUCAGGACAAAAGCUGAUGCACGAGUAUAAGUCUUCAACCCAUCGCAUUUUUCGUUUGAACAACAUAGCCAAAGCACUUAAGUUCUUGGAGGACAGUAAUGUAAAGCUUGUUAGCAUUGAUGCAGCAGAAAUAGCAGAUGGAAAUUCCUCUCUGGUACUUGGACUAAUAUGGAACAUAAUCUUGUUUUUUCAGAUUAAAGAGCUGACAGGCAACCUCAACAGGAACUCCUCCUCAUCCAGCCUCUCAUCCGGGCCCAGCGGGCCAGAGUCGGACACGUCUCACCCCAGCACUCCCAACGUGGAGAGGAACAUGUCUGUCACGGUGAAAGACCAGCGGAAAGCCAUCAGAGCCCUUUUAAUCUGGGUUCAGAGGAAAACCAGAAAGUACGGUGUUGCAGUUCAGGACUUUGCCAGCAGUUGGAGGAGUGGCCUGGCUUUCCUGGCUGUCAUAAAAGCCAUAGACUCCACUUUGGUAGACAUGAAGCAAGCACUGGAGAAAUCAGCUCGAGAAAACUUGGAGGAUGCUUUCAGCAUUGCACAAAAUAAGCUGGGUGUUCCUAGGCUCCUAGAGCCGGAAGAUAUAAUGGUGGAAUCCCCCGAUGAGCACUCGAUUGUGACCUAUGUGGCGCAGUUUCUGGAACACUUCCCCGAGCUGGAAGGGGAAGACUUUACAGAUCCUGACAAGGAGCUUCCAAUUGAGUCCACAUAUGUUCACAUCAAAGACACACCUACAGAAAAGGAAAGCAAAAUCUUGAUUUUAAGUGAAAGUGAAGAAAACAUGUAUACUGUUAAUCAUGAAAGGAGUCACCCUGCUCCUCCGAAGGUUCAUAUUCAUGACACCCCUGAGAGAAUCCUGUCAGAAACCGCUCCUGAAGAACGUAAUGGCAAAUUGAGUGAAGUGUUAGAUGUUUCACAGGAAACCUUGGAAGAGGAGCCUCAAAGGCCUACCUCGCUGCACAUUACUGGAUCUAUCCGUUUUGAAUCCAAUUCCUCCCGGCAAGUGCUUAGUGAUAAAUUGAUACCAGGUGAAGGGGACAUGUCUGAUGACCCACUGAAACAGAAUGAUGACCUUUCUCCAGCUGUUCUGACAGACCAGAAAAAUUCUGUUGACUCUUUUGAAGACUACUCUGAAGAAUUAACUAAAGAAACCUAUACUGAAUAUGACAAUGAAACUAAGAGCCUUUCAGCCAAUACUUCUUCUUUAAGUCCAUUGUCCUGGACUUCAGGUAUACUUACAGAUGAAUCUAUAAAUAAAGUAGAAGAGAGCAAGCCCCAGACGUCAAUUAUUUUACCAGAAGAUACCUCGAAACAAGAAGAUACGCAUAAGUAUGUUCUCCAUCUUCUAAAUGAGGAAGUACUGAAACUGCCAGAAAAUGAACAUAUGAAGCAAUCGCCUGUCUUUGAGACAACAGAAUCUAACCACUAUUCAGUGAAUGGUUCUAAUCUCGAAAGCCAAGAACUAUCUACACUUCUAGAAACAUCUGAUGACUCUCUCUCAGAUGUUCCCAAAAAUGCAGAGGACCUGGACAGCUAUGAUGAAGAUGAGUCUUCAGCGGAAGUGCUACCCAGUUCUUCAAAAGUUUCAGUAAUACCCCAUGAUCUCUUCUAUUAUCCACAUUAUAACGUUCCCAUAUCAGCAGUUCUGGAUGCUUAUGUUGAGCCUUGUCUCGAAGGUUAUGAUACUGAAAAUGAAAACUCUUGCGAAACAGUAACAGAUGUUUUACAUGAGGAGGGGAUACCAGCACAGGACUACUUGGAAGAUGCUCCAGAGCCAGAUUUAGGGAAUAAUCUAGGAGUUCCUGCACCAGAAAUGGAUACUGAGAAUGGAGAGGAGGAAACAAUAGAUAUUAAUGGUCACGGGAAUUCUUCCUAUGAAGAAGAAGUACUAUUACUAGUAGAAGAAUUAGAAAAUGAAAAAGAUGGUCAAAAGGCCACCGGCAAUGAAGAUACCACAAUUCUACAACAUUCUGAGGCUGUAGAUUUCAACCAUCUAGAUGAUUUAGCAACAAUGGGAAAGAUACUGAAAGAAAGUAGCAAUAGGGAGGAAAAAAACAUAAAUAUGACAAAAACAGAAGACUUAGAGAUCUCAAAAGUUGGGACUACUACUCUGUUACAAGACGAACUGGAAGAAAUUGCUAAUUGUCAUGAAUUUACCAGAACUAGUGACAACGAUUCCAAUAUUUAUCUCCGAAAAAGGUUUUCUAAUGCUUCUGAGAAGGAAAUCUUUGGUGAAAACAACCAGACAAUGACAGAUGUGGGUGAAGAUCUACCAAUCAUCAGGAAUAAAAAAGACACGGAAGCAAGUGAGACUCCAGCAUCUACUCACCAGGCUCCGAGUGUUGAUCAGUCGGAGCUGUUCUACUUCAUCAUUUUCCUCUGGUUGCUGAUCUACUGCUUUUUAGUAGUUCCACAGCUUCUUAGCAGCAAGGUUUGAUCUCCGUGAGGCGUGGAAAGAUAAAAGAGAGCGGCCUGAUUGCUUUGUGUAUCUGCAUACGAGUAUGUACCUUCAGGUGAAGCACAAACAGAAACGUAGGGCCUGGUAUUUGUGUUCACUAUCAGGUUCUCCUCAGUUCCCCUGCUGUUGUGCUAUGACAGUGUCGAAGCACAUUUUAUAUUACGACAACUGUGUAAAUGUAUAUAAAAAUGACCUUAUUUAGUAGCUGCGAUUUUGUACAUUUGUGCCUUGCUUUAUAAGAUGCUAAAUAAAAAUGGAUAAUUAUCAGUAGAAAUAUGAACAAUUCAGAGCUCUAGUCUUCAAAAAUAAUUCCUCUGGCUUCAGUCACUUAGGUAGGGCCCAACAGCUGUGGAAGAUGUGUUGUUGGUUUGCCCAUGAAUCUGGCCCACCUGCAAGGGAUGAUUGAGAUGCUUGAGAUGCAUUUUCACAUUUUCCACAGAGUUUGGGAGAGCUGGAGGUAGAGCAGAGUUGGAGAUGGUGGAACUUGCUCACCACAGGAACUGACUAUAGUGCUAAUGGCAAGCCAGCGGAGCAACAAAGUCAGGUGGAGGGUUUAUCUGUGGAGGGGGAAUAGGAUUUUACUUUUAUCUUGUUAGUUUGCAGGAACAAAUUGGGUGUGGAGAAGUGUGAAGAACAUACAGGCUAAUGGCUGCUUAGGAGGGAAUGUAAGGGAAAUCUUCAUCUAGAGACUUCUGUAGAGAAUACCUGAAGAAGUUUGCUUUUUGUAUGUUACUGAAUGGUGGCCAUCUUUGAAAAGGUAUUCAAGAAACUUUAUUUACAGGUAUUCAAAAACCUGCUUGUAGUCAGGUCAUCUGCUGGUUAAAUCCUAACUGUUCAUCACACUUCAUUCUUCUUUGUAAGCUUUUUUUUUCUUCUUUCCUUUUUUUUUUUUUUUUUUUUUUUUUUAGAGGAGAGGUUAGCAUGUGAUAGCAAGAGGGCGUGGUAGGAUAUCCUAAACACAGAAAGGAAUCCAGAAUCUCUUUCAUUCAAUAGAAAAUGGAAAUCUUUUCUGGUCUGUCUUGACUGGAGCUCGAUUCACCCCUUGAACAUAAAAAGUAGAUCCUUUGUGCUUGGUGAGCAGCAGAUCCAAGCUUCGCAACUUAAUUUAGUGUAAACCAACCUAAGUUUUUUUUUAAAAAAUGUCUUUUAUCUUUCCAGUGAAAAUUUUCAACAUUCCGAGUCAUCUGAUCUUGUGUCUCACACUAUUUGUGCUUGUUGAUGAAGACAGUAAUACUUUCUUCCAAAAGAAAAUCUCUUUUAGAACUUUUAAAGAUGUUUUCUUGAAGUAGGCUAAAAUACAACAUUGAAAUGUUAGGGACACUGCUUUUUCUCUGA